AUGUCCGACCACUUUCCAAUCAGCCAAGUCGACCCUACCGCACCGACUCCCCAAAACACCCCUCUCACCCACGCACCCAUCGCUGCGGGGCUCUCGCGUCCCACUGUGCCCGACAUUAGUGAAGACCAGGAGGCAGAGGAGGAGGAGGCGUCCCCCACUGCCUCGGCUAUGCAGCACGCGAUGCUCGGGAUGGUACAAGGCAAGCUCGCGGGGCUCGUCGGCAAGAGCUCGGGCUACAUUGAGAGUCUCCCGAAUGACGUGAAGCGGAACAUCGAGGCUCUCAAGGGCGUGCAGGUCAAGCAGAUUGAGCUCCAGAACAAGUACAAGCGCGAGUGUCUCGAGCUCGAGAAGAAGUAUCUUGAGUUGCAGGUUCCUCUGUACGACCGCCGCCUCGCGAUCAUCACUGGCGCUUCGCAACCCACCGCGGAGGAGAUUGAUACUGGCGAGCAGGAGUCGCUGAAGGACGACCCAGACCACACUCUGCUUCCCAAGGAUGUGGCCCCCUCGACGAGCGGCAUCCCUGAGUUCUGGCUCACUGCACUUAGGAAUCAUGUCGGUCUCUCCGACAUCAUUACCGACCGCGAUGCGGCUGCGCUCAAGCACUUGGUUGACAUCCGCCUGUCAUACCUUCCCGCAAGCGACCCCAAGCCUGGCUUCAAACUUCUCUUCAUCUUCCGCCCCAACGAGUUCUUUGAGAACGAAAUUCUUGAAAAGACCUAUCUCUAUCAAGAAGAGGUAGGUUACUCGGGUGAUUUCAUGUAUGAUCGUGCGAUCGGUACCGAGAUCAAGUGGAAAGAGGAUAAGGACUUGACGAAGGAGUUCGAGAUCAAGAAGCAGCGGAACAAGAAUACGAAUCGCACGCGUCUCAUCCGCAAGGCCCGCCCAGCGGACUCAUUCUUCAACUUCUUCUCACCUCCAGUUCCCCCCGAUGAUGAUACGGAACUGGAAGAUGAGGAGCUGAACGAGCUGGAAGAGAAACUUGAGGUUGACUACCAAAUCGGCGAGGACAUCAAGGAGAAGGUCAUCCCUCGUGCCGUAGACUUCUUCACCGGCAAGGCACUAGAAUACGAGGACAUUGAUGACGACGACGAUUUCGAAGAUAUCGAAGAUGACGAAGAGGACGACGAUGAUGACGACCGCUUCGAGGAGGAUGAGGACUCUGACGAGGACGACCUUCCGGGAAGGAGACGCGCUCCACCCAAGGGCCGUGGGGCGGGGGCAACCACGACGAACGUAAAUCCGGAGGAGUGCAAGCAGCAGUGA